GUGUUGUGACUUGUGGAGCACUUGAAAUUGACGAAAUAGCGCAAGGGAACAAGUGGACAAUGCAUAACAUUAAGGAUAUAAGUUUCGAACCUCUAGUUCAAUCCAACUAUGUCAAACCUUUGAGAAUGCUCUAUACACAGAAUGGCAUUCGCAAAGCUUGGGAUUUAUUGAGAAUUCAUGACAGUGUAGCAGUUUUACUAUUCAACACAACAAGGAAAGUGUUUGUAUUUGUUAGACAGUUUCGACCAGCUGUUUACUUUGAUGACAUUGCGGAUUCUGAUGUAAACAGCCCUGUUGAUACCGAUAAGUAUCCUGUAGAAAAGGGCUUUACAAUUGAGCUCUGUGCUGGCAUUGUGGACAAGCAAAAAAGCCUUGAAGAGAUUGCAAAAGAUGAAUUACUAGAGGAAUGUGGCUAUGAAGUACCACUUUCAGUUCUGCACAAGAUCAGUACUCACAGAUCUGGGAUAGGUGUUACUGGAGACAGACAAACACUUUUCUAUGCUGAGGUUACUGAUGACAUGCGGAAAGGCCCAGGUGGUGGAAUUAUAGAAGAAGGUGAAUUCAUUGAAGUUAUUGAAAUGACGGUGGAUGAAGUAAAGCAGUAUUUGGCCAGUGGAGAUGUCAGAAGUCCUGGUGGUUUUUUGUUUGCAGUAACAUGGUAUCUUCAUAACCGCUUGCCUGCAUCACAUAAAAAAGAUGCAGUAUAACAUUUAUCAAUGAGAUUUUUUUUACCUUGAGUGAAUAAUAGGUCGAGUAUAACCUUUCAAAUGCCGUGAAAUGAAUAAAAGUCCUGAUUUGUACAAGUAUUGGAUUUGAGUUUUUUAUGACAGUGCCAUAUUUCUGCUGAAAAAUGUGAAAGGCAAACUGUGCCUGGUUAUAAAUCUAUUAAACAGAUAAAAUAGUUCAUUACUGAUAGCAGAAUUCAACAUUGUGCCACAUUAGAUGCAGUCUUCAUUUCUGUAGUUUUCUGUAAGGAAGCAAGUAAACAGUAAACUCAUUAAACUGCUGAGAAAUUCAUUGUUUUGGCAAAAGUGGCAUGAAAGAGAUUAUACUAAACAUUUUGUUUUCAGGAUCUACAUUGUAGAAAAAGAAAUCUGGAAAAAACUGCUGAUUAGCCACUGAAUUAGUGAAAACUUCUAAUUAAAUAAAAUCAUUCCUUUUUUACUUUGUCCUUUCGUUUGUUUUGUGUCAUCACUGCUAAAGCUAUUAUACUACUUGCAUUUAAACAAUAUUUUUGUCUCAUAAUAAUUAGUAAUGAUCACAGCAUAUUUCAAAAUAGUAAAAUGGUAUUUGCAAUAUAGGAUAUACUGCUCAUACUUCAUUACUCGAGUGUUCAUUGCAAGCAUAAAAAAACUGUCUGUAGUGCUUCUACUGUUCAUUCUUUGUCUUUCUUUUCCUUAAUAUUCCUUUAAGUAUAAUUAUUUGAAAGCUCUAAGUAGAAACCAUUAUGUUCAAUUUUGUAAGUAAAUUUUGUACUGUCUGAUUACUAUUAUUGUAUUUUCAUUAUGGCACAUGCAGUUCCUGCAGCAGUUUAUGAAUGAAAUAAAAUCUUUUUUUU